AUGGGCAAAGUCCCCAUAAUGCGGGGAGUGGCACUUUGUGAUUCACCGUACCGUACAUCUACGGUGAAUCCUUUGAUGGGAGAAGAGCAGUUGACGUCUUCCGGAUCUCCAAUCAUCUCCAAAUACAAUUUGUAUUUCUCAGCCAAAGUUCAACCCGCAAAGCUCUCUCAGAGAACAGCUUCUACAUCACAGAGUCUCCCAGUCAAGAUGGGUUGGUUUUCCUCGUCUUCUUCGCCUACGCCCGCGCAGCCUGCUGCAGUCACGCAACCUUCGACGCCCAACAACCUCGCCCGCGAUGUUAAAACGGCGUCGGCAGGAGAGAAGACGGAGAAAGUAAAGCCAUGCUGCGUGUGCAAGGACGAGAAAUCGCGGCGUGACGAGUGCAUGCUCUUCUCCCGCGCCGACGACCCACAAGAGGACUGCAAGAGUCUGGUCAUGCAAUACAAGGACUGCAUGGCCGGGUAUGGGUUCAAGAUAUGA